GCUGUCUGCACAAAUGAUAUUUAAGUAGAAAAUGAAACCUGAUGGUGGGUGGGGUUGGGUUGUUGUAUUUUCAUCAUUUGUUAUACAUGUUUUAAUCGACGGAAUUAAAUACUCUUUUGGAAUUAUGUUUAUUGAAUUGAUGGAAAGUUUUGGAGAAAACAAAAGUAAAACAUCAUGGGUAAUGUCAAUACAAAUUGGAGUGAUGCUUCUUUCAGGGCCUAUAAUUGCAACCAUGGUUAACAAAAUCGGAUGCAAGUCUACUGUUUUCCUUGGAACUAUUGUCAGCUGUGGUGGAUUCAUAGCUAGCGCAUUUGUAACAUCUGUGUAUGAAUUAUACAUUGCUUUCGGUUUCUGCGCAGGAAUUGGAUUUGGAAUGAUGAAUUUACCAAGUUUAGUCAUGUUGGUGGAGUAUUUUGAUUCACGUUUAGCGUUUGCUACAGGCUUUGCAAAUAUGGGAACGGGUAUAGGAGCUCUGAUAUUUAACCCUUUAAGCAAGAUUCUUAUUGACGCAUACACAUGGCGGGGAACCAUGUUUAUAGAAGCUGGAAUUAUUCUUAAUGGUAUUGUUUGUGCAAUGGUGUUCAAACAGCUGAAUAAUUCAUCAAGUAAAACUAUCAUCAGUAAUGCUGACAAGAAAGACGGAGAAGACAAGGAAUUAAUUAAUCAUGGGCAGCAGAAUGUCAAUAAACAUAUCUUUAAUAGUGAUAGUACUCCAGGACAGCUUCGGUCAGAAAAAGAUAGUACAAAUAUGUUUCAAGAUCUACUCUCAAAACAUCAUCAGUCUUGUGAUACUAGAAAUAACUCCAAUAUUCAGUAUGAAGAGGAGGCUAACAAUUGUGUUGUUGAUGCUAAAGAUUGUGAUGAAGCAUUUGUAUUAUGUCAAGAACAAAAUGAAAACAGAGAAAAAUAUGAACCUAAAAAGUCAAUAGUUUCUCAUUUGACUUCACCAACAAGUUCAUUCGACGAGUCCGAUAACAAUCAUACUCUUGUUGCACAAGACACUUCCAGAAGGACGAGCAAACCAUGGAUUAAUUUAAAGCCAUUUCAAAAUCCUGGUUUUAUAACAUUUCUUUUCGGAAAUUUUCUGUUAGAUUUAUCUCUAAAUAUCCCUAUUACAUUUAUACCCGAUAUGAUGCAUCAGAAAGGCUUCAAAAUACAGCAGGCUGUCUGGACAAUUUUUCUCAUAGGCAUUGUGAGUACAAUCUGUCGUCUAGGUGUUGGGAUAAUUGCUGACAUACCCGUUAUAAAUCGUGUCAAGUUUUGUAACAGUUUGAUAGUGCUUAGCGGAUGCGUGGUGAUUUUUGGUCCGUUUUGCUACAGUUUUCCUACAUUCCUCGCUUUUGCUGUUUUCUAUGGAAUCUUCUCAGGUAGUUCAAAUUCUCUACGAGGUGUGCUGAUACCGGACUUGUUUGGGUCGGAAGAAAUAGCUGAACAUCUGGGCAUUACUAUGUUCAGCAGUGGUUUAGCAGCGAUGAUUAGCCUACCUAUAUCUGGUGCGAUGUAUGAUGUCACCGGAAGUUAUCGUCUGCCCUUCAUUAUAGCUGGUGCCGAGCUGAUAGCCAGUGGAACAUUCAUGUUUCUGAUACCAGCGGUUCAAAACAGUUUCAACUCAAGAACAGUCGAGUAAAAGUUUGACAAUCUUAUUUUUAAAAAUCAAUCGAAUUGUUUUCGUGACAAGGAGAAACGGACAACUGUGAACAUAUGUCAAAUGAAGAAAUAGUUUAUUCUAACAAAUCCCGGCUGCCGUAUCUCUGUUUGUUCAUCACUUUAAGAUAUUUCGUGAUUACAUAUUUACUUACUACUUGAAAGCAUUGCACUGAAAACAUUAUUUCCUUCAAUAGUAUACAAUUUCCUUACAUUUGGAACCGAGAUUUUAGAACUUAGAGUAAUAGAGCUCACAUUUUGCUGAGUGCUGAAAAUGAAUUGGGAUUUGCAUAGUAUAAAAUGUAGUACAUUUUACAAAAUAUACAGUAUAAUUAUGUAUAUUGUGAUGCUAGUGGGACUUGAAUAAACUAAACUUACUGAUUUGUUAUUUCACAUAUAAGUUUAACUGAUCCGUGGUUAAAGGUAUAUAUAGCAAUAGUAUAUGUUCAACUGAUAUGGCGGCAGUCGGGGAGGAAUUGAGAUGACUGUUCGGGGUAAAUAGGGGGGGUAUAGAAAUGGGCUCCGUCUUUUCGUUCGUCCGUCUUUCCGUCCACCACACUUUCGUUUCGGUCGAUAACCACACCAUUCAUCAAAGGAAUAUGAAAUAACUCGGCACAUAUGUUUGUUAAAAUAAGACAAUGUGUCACGUUUUUUAUCCGGACCUGUACCUUCAUUUCUCAUUUUUGCUGUUUUCUACGGGAUUGAAGGUACGUCAUUAAAACAUUUGAGAAAGAAGGAUGAGAUAUGAUUUAAAAGCCACUGGCCUCAAUAUGUUAAAAUGAAAAAAUAAUCAAGUAAACGGCAAAUACUGAUCUAGUCACGUGGUACCAGAAGAAAAAACCCGUAUGAAAGAAUUCCGUAGUAUAAUAAAAGAAGGUUUUACGGCUGGCGGCGGAAAAACGAACAGCAAUAAUGUUACAAUAUAAACAUUUGAAGUGCCAUUUCGAUUUCUUUCAAAUAUAUACUGUUUGUUUUGUAGAGGAAUUUGUUAAUAUAAGUAAAACGGUAGCUUUUG